AUGUCGAAAACUGAUAUAGAUGAGACAAUCGUAAAAUACGAAAAUUUCAUUAAUGAUGUACUGAAAGAAGAUCUUCGACAAUUAGAUCUACGACUACAACAAAUAAACGCAGAGAUAUCUGAUUUGAUUCAACAAAGGCACGCUUUAAAAGUUAUCACGGACAAAAAUGUCCAUCCAAAUGGUUUUAAGACUCAAGUAAAUCUUGGCUGUAACUUUUUCAUGGAAGCUUCAGUACCUGAUACUUCGUCCUUGUUGAUGAACAUUGGCUUAAAUCACUUCGUUGAAUUUUCAGUAGAUGAAGCAAAUAAAUAUUUAGACGUAAGAAUAAAAGCAUUUGAGAGUAAAUCUGAAGAACUUAGAAAUAAGAGUGCAGAGACUAAAGCUCAUAUAAAACUAAUGUUAUUUGGCAUUGGCGAACUACAAAAUUCAAAGAAAAUUAGUAGAAGCUAA